UUCUUAGUUUGAGCAAAUCUUAAUGCUACUCAAUUCUUUUCCCUGCUCAGUCGAAGUACUUAGGGUGCUAAACCAUAUCAUUAAGGCUUAUGACAACAAAAUCGAAUGAUAUGUGGUCUUUGUAGACGUUAAGGAGGCUUUCGACUGCGUAUCGAUUGAAGGAUUGCUCUAGAAAAUAAAUAUGAGUCUACCCAUUCCCUUCUUUCUACUCCGGCGAUCAUAUCUAGUAGAGUGAAAAUUGGAAUUUAAAAUCAGGCCAACAUCUCUCUUUUUCGCAAAUGAAGGCUAGUUUCAGAAAUAUGAAAUUAUGCCUGACCUUUUCCAGUGUAAAUAUAAUUGUUUACGGCUUAAAGGAACUGGGAACAAUCCCUUUAUCCAUGUUUUGGUUGCAAACAUGAUUUUCCUUUAUCAAAAUAGUUUGGCAAAUAUUCCAAGAUCUGUUUAAACGCCAAGUCAAGUAUAUGAGUUGAAAGUCUUUAGCUUCUUUAAGAGCUUAAAGUUCAAGCAGUAGAAAUGUUGUUUACGAUGCGGUUCAAUUUGAAAACUAUUUUAGAGUCUUUUACAAGGCACAAUAGACUUAGCAAAUUGUAAGAAUAGUUGGCCUAGUUAAACUUUAUAUUCAGUGUAAUAUUAUUUCAGUCAAAAGUCUUAAAAUCGGCUCAAAAUGCCGCGCAUUAAGCAAACCCCUCAUCUACAAAUUAUUGGCAAGACGCCACGCAAGCCGCUGGCACCGAAGGUGACCCGCAAGACGACAGCCCCUGGCAUCGGUUUCCCCGAGUUGAGGAAACCCCAUCGCUAUCGACCCGGUGCAGUUGUGCUGCGUGAGAUACGUCGCUAUCAGAGGUCCUCGGAUCUGCUCAUACAUAAGCAGCCCUUUCAGCGUUUGGUGCGUGAAAUAAGCCAAGCGUUUGGCUGUCGAAUGCGCAUCCAGCCGGCGGCUCUGGCUGCCAUGCAGGAGGCUGCCGAGGCCUAUCUGGUUGGUCUGUUCGAGGAGUCCAAUCUGUGUGCGCUGCAUGGCCAGCGAAAGACCCUUAUGCCCAAGGAUCUGUGGCUAGCUCAGCGUAUAAGGGGUGACAAAUAGUCUGAAAUAUUUAAAUAUUUAUUUGUUAGCUGUUUCAAACGUUUUCAGUUGCUAGUUUAAAAUGUUUUCAACGUUUUUUAAAUUGUUUAAUAAUUUGUUAAGUUAUGCUUACAAAUUUUUGAGUAGUUACCAACUAUUUUUCUAUAGAAGCAAUUACAGAGCCAAAUACCAAAAAUGAA